UGCUGGUCGACACUAUUCUUCACCUAAUAUGUUUGUACAUCCUCGUGGCCUUGGAGACGGGCGCGCACAUUAUUUCCCCGGACCCCUCGCUACCACGCACGCCCCGUGCGCUUCUGUCAAGCGAGUGCGCAGCGCGCUUCCACAGCGUGCUGUCUUUCUUUCUUCGCUCCUCUCCGGGAUGGAUCGAGCCUCUUAGCGCAGCGCGAGAGUCCACUUCAUCAGCCGCCAAAUUUGUUUUAUUUAACCCGAAAAAAAUCGUGUGACAGUUUAAAGCGUCUCCUUCGCCGCUGCGGAGUCGGACACGAUGACACGAUCCGGGCUGCCUUCGCGCUUUGUACUCUUCUGCUGUUUUGUGUCCACCGCGUCGUGCAAUGCGUUUGCCUUCACCGAGGAGCCCGCUGAGCGGACUGGGAAGGCCGACGGGUAUUGUAGUCGGAUUUUACGAGCUCAGGGCAGUCGGACGGAGGGCAGCAACGAGUUUCGCCUCCGCGUUGAAGGAGAUCCGGACAGCUAUCAGCCAGGGAGCACAUACAGAGUGACUCUGAUUGCAUCCAGCCCCUCUUACUUCAGAGGCUUCACCCUGAUUGCCCUGAAGGAAGGCAAGGAAGGAGACCAAGACGAGGACUAUGCUGGAAAUUUCCAGAUAAUUGAUGAGGAGGAAACGCAGUUUAUGACCAACUGCCCACCUGCAGUGACUGAGAGCACGCCACGCAGACGUACCAGCAUCCAGGUGUUUUGGACUGCCCCUCCCAGUGGUUCUGGCUGUGUCGCCCUCAAGGCGAGUAUUGUGCAGAAAAGGAUCAUCUAUUUUCAGGAUGAAGGACCACUUACCAAGAGAAUGUGUGAGAAAGAAUCCCCAUACGGAGACAGCACAGAUAAACCUCUGCUUGACUGUUGCGCAUGUGGAACAGCGAAGUACAGAGUCACCUUUUAUGGAAACUGGUCGGAGAAGAUUCAUCCUAAAGAUUAUCCCCGUCGUGCAAAUCACUGGUCAGCAAUCAUUGGUGCGUCCCAUUCUAAGGAUUAUGUUCUGUGGGAGUACGGCGGCCUUGCCAGCGAAGGAGUUAAACAGGUUGCUGAGCUGGGCUCUCCAGUGAAAAUGGAGGAAGAGAUCAGACAAAAGGGUGAUGAGGUCCUGACUGUCAUCAAAAUGAAGGCACAGUGGCCAGCCUGGCAGCCGCUGAAUAUACGAGCUGCACCAUCAGCUGAAUUUUCUGUGGACCGCACCCGUCACCUCAUGUCCUUUCUGACUAUGUUGGGGCCCAGUCCAGACUGGAAUGUUGGCCUGUCUGCUGAGGACUUGUGUACCAAGGAGUGUGGUUGGGCCCAGAAGGUGGUCCAGGACCUUAUCCCUUGGGAUGCAGGCACUGAUAGUGGGGUGACUUAUGAGUCUCCCAAUAAGCCAACUGCACCUCAGGACAAGAUCCGCCCCCUUACCAGUCUGGACCAUCCACAAAGCCCUUUCUACGACCCUGAAGGGGGCGCCAUCACUCCUGUGGCCCGAGUGGUGGUGGAACGCAUUGCUCGAAAGGGUGAACAGUGCAACAUUGUUCCAGAUAAUGUGGAUGAUAUUGUUGCAGAUAUUGCCCAGGAGGAGAAAGAGGAAGAUGAUACCCCUGAGACAUGUAUCUACUCCAACUGGUCUCCAUGGUCUGCCUGCAGCUCAGCCACAUGUGAAAAGGGCAAGAGGAUGAGGCAGAGGAUGCUGAAGGCCCAGUUGGACCUGAGUGUGCCGUGCCCACACACACAGGAUUUUGAGCCCUGCAUGGGGCCUGGAUGCAGUGAUGAGGAUGCAUCUACCUGUAUGAUGUCAGAGUGGAUUACCUGGUCUCCAUGCAGUGUGUCUUGUGGGAUGGGUAUGCGUUCCCGGGAGCGUUAUGUUAAGCAGUUCCCUGACGAUGGUUCAGUGUGCACCCUGCCUACUGAAGAGACAGAAGAUUGUGUGGUCAAUGAGGAUUGCACUUCCAGCAGUUGCCUGGUUACAGAGUGGGGUGAAUGGGAUGUCUGCAGUGCCACUUGUGGCCUUGGCAAAAAGAGGCGGGAGCGAAUGGUAAAAAUGCCUCCGGCAGAUGGCUCUAUUUGUGGGGCAGAGGUGCUAGAGGUGGAAAACUGCAUGAUGCCAGAAUGCCAUACAAUCCCUUGCUUGCUGACCCCAUGGUCGGACUGGAGUGACUGCAGUGUGACAUGUGGGAAGGGUUUACGGACACGCCAGCGAAUGCUUAAGUCUCCUGUGGAACUGGGAGAGUGCACAGAAGAUUUGGAGCAAGUGGAAAAAUGCAUGCUACCAGAGUGUCCUAUUGACUGUGUUAUGUCAGAGUGGAGUGAAUGGUCUGAGUGUAAUAAGUCAUGCGGAAAAGGCCAUACAAUCCGGACACGCAUGGUGACGCUGGAGCCUCAGUUUGGAGGCAAUCUCUGUCCUGAAACCAUCCAGAGGAAGAAAUGUAAGAUCAGGAAGUGCAACCGUGGCCAGGCGCACAGUGAUGAAAAGAAACGACGCAAGGAGCUACGUGAAAAGAGGAGAAGCAAAUUUUUCAGGGGCGAGGGUGGUCCCGAACACCCAGGUUGUAAAAUGAGGCCAUGGUCCAAUUGGAUAGAAUGUACCAAGCUGUGCGGUGGAGGAAUUCAAGAACGUCUGAUGACAGUCAAGCAGAGGUUUAAGACGGCCCAGCUGUCCAGCUGCAAGGAUAGGAAAGAGAUCAGAGCAUGUAAUGUGCAUCCCUGCUAGGAAUGACUGUGAAGACGACAGUUGGUGUGGAAGGACGUGGGCAGAGCAUGGCACGCUGUCGCACAAUGAUCCAAUGCACUCUCUUAGGGCUACAAUGUCACACAAGUGGAAUUGUUGCUGGUUCAAGCCAGAGCUCUGUCAGUGUUUUUGCAUCACUCAUCUUUUGCUUUCACAUCUGUCACCAUCAGAGGUGAAUGUAAAGAUCUCUGCAAAGCUCUGGAUGUGAACUAGUCUGAUUCUUCUGUGCUUUCAACUAGCUCUGACAUGCAUAUGAUUUUUUUCAAGAUUAUUGUAAAGAUGUUGUGGUAUAAUAUAUCUCAAACUAUAUAAAUAUGAAAUGUAGACUCACUGACCAUAAAAAACAGAUACACCUUUGUUGUUACCAUGAUGUGCAAUAUGUACUGCCUCACAUACAGUGUUCAGCUGACUGAUACUUCAGUUGAUUGUUCUGACUGACUUAUAUAACAAUAUAAUAGAUAAUAGCUACACUUUGGAUUUAGAAACACGUUUCAAGGGGUUUCUAAUAUUUUGUCCAUCUUGUUGGUUAGUGUGACUGUUUGCAAGAUUAUGUAGAAACUAUUGAAUGGAAUAAACUUAGUUGGAUAUGACAUGGUCCAAAGAAGAAUUCAAUUUCAGUGCAGAUAUGGAUACAGGUGGAUGAAAGGACAGCAGUCAGGAUCAAUGGUGAGCAGUAAGAAUCUGUGCUCAGUGAUCAAGAUCAAAGACCAAUGAGAAGAAUAUAAGCUCAGAGGUCAGUGAUCAGGAUCAAGGGUUGGUGAUCAGAAUCUAAGGUCAGUGAUUAGAAUCAGAGUCAGUGAUUAAGUUCAAAGGUAAUUUACUAGGAACUGCUCAUUGUUCAGGAUCAGAGGUCAACAAUCAAGAUCAAAAGUCAGCAAUCACACUAUACAAAAAAAAAUCCAUUGUUUUUAUGGU